GCAAAGAAGGGGAAAAAGGCCGCGGAGCGCAAGGGCUCGGCUCGGUGAGCUCUCUCUCUCUCGCGCGCGCGCGGUUCAUGGUGGCUAGGGUUUCGCUGCCCGCGACCUCCACCCACUGAAGAAGCGCCUCCGCGAGCGGUUCCGGCUCCGGCGGCGGGACAGGGAACUGUCUCGUUCUCUUGGGCGGCUCCGCGGCGGGCGGGCGGGCGGGCGGGCGGGGGGGGGGGGGACCCCGGCGGCAGAUGGGGGAGCAGGAGCGGCGUGAGGCGGAGGGUGGCGGCGAGGCCGCGGCGGCGAACAACAGCGGCAUGCAGCGUGUGAAAGUGUACCGUUUGACCGAUGGAGGGAAGUGGGAUGAUCAGGGCACAGGGCAUGUAAACAUUGACUUGCUUGAGGGUUCUAAAGAACUUGGUUUGACUGUUUUGGAUGAAGAGGACAAUGAAACAUUGCUCAUCCACAACAUUACUUCUGAAGAUAUCUACAGAAAGCAAGAGGAAACAAUUAUCUCAUGGAGGGAUCCAGAUGCUGCAACGGAAUUAGCACUGAGCUUUCAGGAAGCUGCUGGGUGCUCCUACAUAUGGGACAACAUUUGUGAUAUUCAGCGAAAUAUUCAGUUUAGGAACCUUGGUGCUCUUGAAGUCGGUCCUCGUCCAACUUCGGUUUCUCUAGAAGCCUCUAGAGUAUUGCAUUCAAAUGAUGAAUCCUUCCGGGCUGUUAAUGGUGAGCUCAGGGAGCUUCCACCUGUUGAGUUAUCCAAUCUUCCUUUAAUUUUAAAGACUAUAUUGGAAGGUGGCAUUACAGAUCAGAUGCGUGUGGCUGAGUUGAUAACACAAGAGCGUGACUUUUUCCCAAAGUUACUGGACAUUUUUCGAAUAUGCGAGGAUUUAGAGAACUUAGAUGAUCUUCACAUGAUCUUCAAAUUAGUCAGGGGAAUCAUAUUGUUGAACAGUUCAUCAAUCUUUGACAAGAUUUUCUCUGAUGAGUUUAUUCUUGACAUCAUAGGUGCCCUUGAAUAUGACCCAGAUGUUCCUAAAGUACAAAAGCAUCGUGCUUUUCUGAAGGAUCAUGUAGUCUUUAAAGAGGCCAUACCUAUUAAAAAUGCUUCUGUGGUGUCAAGAAUACAUCAAACAUAUAGAAUAGGCUAUCUAAAGGAUGUUAUAUUACCACGAGUGUUGGAUGAUGCCACUCUAGCUAGUCUUAACACGAUGAUACAUUCGAACAAUGCUGCUGUAAUUUCCUUACUAAAGGAUGAUUCUUGCUUUAUCCAAGAAUUGUUUGCUAGGAUGAGAUUACCAAGUAUUUCUAUGGAAUCAAAAAGAGAAUUGGUGCUGUUCUUGCAUGAAUUUUGCACUCUCAGUAAGAGUUUGCCACUUGUUCAACAAUUACGUCUGUUUCGGGAUCUUUCAGGUGAAGGCGUAUUUGAUAUCAUUUCUGAUGUCUUGCAGAGUCAAGAUAGAAAAAUUGUUUCAGCUGGGACAGAUAUCCUCAUACUUUUUCUUAAUCAGGACCCCAACCUACUGAGGUCAUAUAUUGUCCAACAAGAAGGGAAUUCUCUUCUUGGACUUCUGGUCAAAGGCAUGGUAACUGACUUUGGUGAGGCCAUGCACUGCCAAUUUCUGGAAAUUCUUCGUAUUUUGAUGGAUUCUUUCACAAUGUCUGGAGCACAUAGAGAUGCUGUUAUUGAGAUUUUCUAUGAAAAGCAUCUUGACUAUUUGGUUGAUGUAAUAGCAUCAUCCUGCCCUCUGAGGAACAUUUCCAGAGCAUCUAACUCAGCUGGAAAAACUGAAACUGAAGUGAAUCGCACUAAGCCUGAAAUUUUGUUAAAUGUUUGUGAACUACUAUGCUUUUGCAUAGUUCAUCAUCCCUACAAAAUUAAGUGCCACUUUCUAAUGAACAAUGCAGUAGAGAAAAUCCUUGCCUUGACUCGACGGAGGGAGAAGUUUUUGGUUGUUGCAGCAGUUAGAUUUAUGCGAACUACUAUAUCAAGAAAUGAUGAUUUUCUUAUUCGUCAUGUUGUCAAGUUGAACUUAUUCAAACCAAUAAUUGAUGCCUUUGUUGAAAAUGGGGAUAGAUAUAACAUGUUACAGUCGGGAGUACUCGAAUUGUUGGAAUACAUACGGAAGGAAGGUCUAAAACAACUUAUUAUAUAUGCCAACGAGUCCUUUUGGGACCAACUUAUGAAGUUUGAACACUUUGGGAGUAUUCAGGCCUUUAGGCUUAAGUAUCAACAGUACUUGGAGAGUGUUGAAACAAAAUUAGGUGCUAGUGUGCCUGACAUUAGAAAGAAGGCGGAAGAAAGAGGCCUUGAGAAGGAAGAGGAAGACUAUUUCAAUGAGGACAGUGAUGAAGAAGAUUCAGUCCAGCGGACAAAAAGUGCUCAGAAACAAGAAAGUAGGGCUAAGGGGUCCAAUGGCAGUGAAGCUGAUGAUGUUUCCUCAAGGCCUAAAUCUGGCGGUCUUGUGGAUUAUGCUGACGAUGAUGAUGAGGAUUUCAAUCCUCCAAGUAAGGAGCCUGACAGGCCUGCAGAGGAUGAUGAACCCCUAACAAUAACCAAAUUGAAGCGGAAGUUAAUGAAUAAUAAAGUGGAUGGCAAACAGUCAGAUGGGGAGUUCCAAAAGAGACAAAAGAUAGAAACAAGAAUUACUAGUGUUAAGAUUGGGGCUUCUACUAACCUGGCUAGUAAACACAUGGAUGAUUUACAGAAACAGGAACCCCGUUCACCUGCCACAACUUCACCAAGUUCUGAAGCCAAUGGUGUUUUCGGGGAGCAUAGUGUUCAUUCUGAGGAGCAUCAACGUUCUGCAGACACUGCUGAAACAUCACGGCAAGCUGGCGUUGACUGUGUCAAGGCCAUGGGCAAUUUGUCCACUGAGAAGACAGUCAAUACCACAAGUACGAAUGAUUCAGAGCCUUAUUCAGUGAGAUGACAUAGAUUUCAAGAAAUGGUUUAUCCCUAACCCAAAUCAUCAAUGCUUGCCAACAAGGAACCAUGAUAUGCUUAGUUCCAGAGAAGGCCAAAUACAGUGCUCCAGAGAAGGCCAAAUAGAGUAAAUCUCAAACCUGAAGCAAAUGGUUCGAGGUGAUGUAGAUCGCUCUUACCUGUAUAUGUUGCGUGAAAUUGCAGCUACCAUUUGUGAGCCUGUAAAGUUAAUUGUCCACAAGGAUAGAUCUGAAAAACUGAGUUGGCAUGCCCUUCGCCGUUCGGUUCAGCAUUGGCACGGGCCAAGCUCCUGAUGAUGCAUAAUUAUUUCUAUACAUAUGAGCUUAUGGAGAAGUGAAUAUGUGCUAUUCUUCAUUAUUUCUUCCUAGUGUCAUUGGCUGAAAUGUUACUGUUGUAAAACAAAUAGGAAGGAAUAGUUUUUUUUAUUGAGCUCCGUUUUGCAGCAGUUUGUGCCCUCAUAUCGGUAUCAUACACAGUUGUAAUUCGUUUAUUCAUAGUUUUGCAGGGAUACUUCUCUUGGAUGUUAAA